AAUUAAUAUCCCGAAUCAAAUGUGUAUUUAUAACGUAAUUAAGCUCUUAAAUAGAUGUUUGUAAUAAUUUUGAAAAUAAGUUUUCCACGUGAAUGCAUAACUAAAUCUUAUUGGUUGAAUAAACUUAACAGCUGAAGUUACAUAUAUCUUAUUUACUGUUUGUUUUUAACUUAAUGUUUUAUCAAGAACUAUUCAAAUGCUUUGUAACCAACACCAUUAUAUUUUUUUAAGUUUUUCAUCUUUUGACCAGUUUAUCAACAUUCGUUUCUUAUCUUGUAUCAUUUUUAAAAUCUUGAGGCAGUGAUGUCUCCUGAUGAUAUUUCUAGUGAUUCUAGUCCAGCCUUUUCUUCAGAUGGUUUCUGCCAAAUAUGUAACUGCCUGCUAUACAAAACAUAUGAUCCUCACAAUACAACUCAAACUUAUGCUUGCUCAAACUGUAAUCGCAUUUAUAGAUUUGAUCGUGACAAAACUGUUUCAAGAGCAGUUCAAACUGAUUUGGAACCUCUGAAAGAAUAUUGGGAAAAUUUGAAAGAGUCCAUUCUGGAAGAUAGCGUUUGUUCUGUAUGCCUUGACCCAUACACUACUCAAUCUCAUAAAGCUGUAAUUUUGAAAUGCGGUCAUCUAUUUGGUGAUCAAUGUAUCACCCGAUGGUUUACUGAAGGCAAAACUGAUGGUGGUACAAAAUGUCCAACGUGUAAAGCCAAAGCCAAAUCUAGUGAUCUCAGAUUUAUUGCCCCAUAUUCAGUUUUGCGGGCUGAUCCAACAUUAGUUACCAAAUAUAAACAUGAAACUGAGAAAGCACGAAUGGAACGCAUAGCGGAAGAGAAACAAGUGGAGAGAGUUAACCAGGAGCUUCGUAAUUUGAAAGAUGAUUUUGAAGCAACUAAACAACUGUAUGAAGAAGAAAAAAGGGAAUACGAAAGACUAUUGUCAUCAGAAACGGAACGGAUCGCAGCUGCUUCUAUGCAAAAUAUUAUCGUUCGAUCCAAAUCUCAGCCCCUUGUACUGAGCAAACGAUUAGAUUUUGAUAAUAGAUGUGAUACAAGAGUUCUCACUGUUUCCGAUAUGUUGGGUGUGAUCAUGAUUCCACAAAAAAAAGAGUCACUACUAUUUCCUCCUUAUGGUCUGCGAAACAUUGGUUCAGCUGAUCUUCAUCAAAACGAAUUUAUUCCUCUCCAUCAAGAUGUAAUUCGAGAUGUUGCUUUUCAUCCUUAUGACGCUAUGGUUUUAACGGCAUCACACGAUAAAACCGUUAAAAUAACUAAUAUUUUCAGCUCAUCACCGGUGAUGACUUUUCCCUUUGAAGAUGCUGCCUGGAGCUGUUGUUGGAAUGAUAAGAAACCUCAGUAUUUUUAUGUUGGUUUGAAGAGUGGAAAAGUUUUCGAGUUCGAUAUGCGGGUUGUUGGUAGAACCAUUGCUCAAAUUCCUGUUUCUGAUAGAACGCCUUGCAUUUCUUUAAAAUAUAUCUAUAAUGACAUGUUCUCUGGCAUCAGCUCGACGCGCUUAAAAGGAAGCGAGUUUCAUUUCAUAAGGAAUGGAAACUAUGAAUCGCAAUUAUUUCCCAUCCAGGGUGUUUUCAUGUCUUCUCAUUAUGAGCGUAAAACAGCCAAUUUUUUAGUUAGUAACCGACCUGCCAAACCUAAACAAAAUUUUGUUAAUCAUACUAUAUUUAAUUUAAGCCUCAACUCUAAUAUCUUGGAAGAAGCUUUAAUCGACAUUAAACCAGUUUUGACGUUAAAUGGUGGUGCUAGAGCAGACCAAUCUUUAAAGGCACGAAUUUUUAACCACCCUACAAAGCAAGACCGUUGUCUUGUUAUUGCUGGUGAUCAAGAUAUUGGAGGAUUCAUUGCGUGGGAUACCGAGGUUGGAGAAUGCAUUCAAAAAGUUGGUGGAAUCGGUUCAGUAUUUGAUAUUGCUCAAGUCAAUCCAGUUAACUCUUCUACACCAGCUUACAUUGCUUUGACCGAUAAAAGUCUACUUUAUUAUACUUGGCGCCGUGAUUCUUGAUCAAAAUUUACUUAACCAAUUUAACUAGACGCCUUAUACCUUUUUCAAUUGAUUAAAUGGGAACGCAAAAAAAUUGAAUUCUCAUUAAUUUUGUAAUAACAUGUUUAUUUCACAUGUAUUAUAUUUUUGGUUAGAAAUUUUUUUACAUAA